UUAAAAUUUUAGUAAUAGAUGUAAAUCAAACUGUGGUAUAUAUAGUGGAGAUGAGCCAGGAUAAGCACACACGGCUGUCUAAGAUGGGGCGAUCUGUGGCAUUGGGUAUUUUAGCACUGUUAUCAACAGCCGCCGCGGCGCCGGCCCCGCAGUACUCCUGCGACUGUCCCCCGCCACCGUGUCCUCCGCCUCCGUCGCCCACUCCCACACCAUGCGGCGACGGCCCAAUCAGAACUCUGCUGCAAAAGUCCUGCAUCCCUGAGAGAUUGAAAGCCAUCGGCUUCCAAGAGAUCCCUGUGCCAGGGGGCUCCUUCUUCAUCACUCCCUCCCCUGACGUGGUCAUCCAACCACCUCCGAUCCUGAUCAGGCCGAAGCAGCAGACCCCUAUCACUCCCCCAGCGAUUAUCGUCAGGCCACCCCAGCAGCCAGCAAUACAGCCACCUCCCAUCAUUGUGAGACCAGCGCCAAUACCGCCAAUUCAGCCACCAACGAUCACGAUCACGCCACCACCAUUAGCGCCCAUCCAGCCACCGUCUAUCAUCGUAAGGCCACCAACUCCCGCUCCAAUCUGCCCUAAGUCUUUCACAGUCCAAUCUCCGCCUAUUCCACCAUUCACCCCCAAUCCACUGGUCAUAAGGCCACCAACUCCAUCACCAAUCGAUCCACCAUGCGCGUCUGCACCUAUCUGUAGGUUUAUCCAGUCCAGUGGACCGUGCAACCCGUGCAAUCCUUGCAACCCCUGCAACCAGUGCAACCCGGUCGUCACAUGCAAUUCCUGCAACCCGUGUGAUCCAUGCAACCCGUGCAAUCCUAUCAUCACUUGCAACCCCAGCAACCCGUGCGAUACCAUCUGCAGUUACUAAAACAAAACUUCUUACUUAAAACGUAUGGUGUUUAAUUAGUUUUUCAUAUCACUAAAUAUGUUCAAAAGUCAUUACAGUAUUUAAAAUUUCUACCGACCGUUGUCAAUUCAUAGCUAGUCAAGUAAAAAGAACAGAUAUAAACAUUGCAUCUGUAUUUGUUCGAUUUAAAUUUACUUUUCAUUGCCAUUCGGUGUUGAAACUUUACUGUAAUCCACCAAUAGAUGGCGGUAGGUGAUAUUUAAAUCGCGCUAGCAAGAUUACAGCGAAACAUAUGGAAUUAGUUUAACGUCAGUCGAUAGAUUAAGCGAACAUCCAUGAUUUUAGCUAUAUAUUGAGGCGUUAUAAUGUAUGUAUUCGUCGUAAGAUCAACCUACGGUCUCGGAUGCAAAUAAUUGGAGUGACGCUUGUGUUUCAAAGGUUGUAUGUGGCUACUAUUGGCGACGAUCAUGAUGAGACCAACAUUUAUUUAAACAUGACGGCUUUUGCAUCCGCGCUGGGUAUACAAUCCCCCCGUGUUUUAGGGUUUAACAUCCGCGCUGGGACACACGAAUGCUAAGCGCAAACCAAUCAACACUCGCGUUAUGGUGCCACGUGAGUCUGUCUUAGACUUUAUAAGCAAUGGAAGAAAGGACACAACAUUAGAACGCUGGUAGAAAAAGCUAAUUGUUAAAUUGUAUGUCUAUUGUAUAUAUUCUGUUGUAAUAAAGUUAGACAUCAUACAGACAAGACACACAGGUAAAUACUUUUGACAGUAAUCUAGGUUAUUCGUGUAAUAUUUUUUUAAAUACUGUAAUUGUUUUUGAUAGAUAUUUAAAUACUGAUGAUCUCUUAAUAUAAAUGAUACGACAAAUGCGUGCCUAUGGAAUUGUAAAAAGAAUAUAUUUUUAAGUGCCCGUACUUAUUUCGAUUAUUUUAAGUGCUUAUAAAUGUAGUUUAAGUAUUUAUUUAUGUAUAUUUAACAUGUAUAUUAUAUUAUACAAUAUAUGUAUGUAUUAAACGAUGUUUAUACGAAG